AAAUAUAAAUCCAAAUGCAUACACACCAUUGACAAGACUAUUGAUUAACCAAGAAUACCAACUAAAAUAACGAAUAAACAAAUAGAAAAUAAAAAAAGGAAAGAAGAACGACAAUGAUAUCGUAAUAUAUCUUUUUCUAGAGAAGAUGUGUGUGAACUAAAUUUUUCAUCUUUAUUAAACUGAAAAAAUAUGAGAAAAAGUUACUAAUCAAAAAUAGAUAAUCUUCAAUAUGUUGAUAGUUGUUGUUUUUAUAUAUUUUAGCGUUCAAUCAAACGUUUAUUUAUCUUCUAUAUCAUCUGAAAUUCAUAAUAAUACUGAUAAUCGAUCAUCAUCAUCAUUAUCAUCUAGUCAUGAAAAGACACAAAUAUUAUCAGUUCAACAUCAUCAAUCUACAAUGUCGUCACCACUCACAUUACCAAUGAAUAUAACAGAACCUGAAGACGAUCAUAAAAUUAAUAAUAUAGAUAUUGACGAUAAACGUACAUCUAUCAUGCCUGGAUUAAAACAAAAUUUUAAUAUUGAAAUUGAUGAGGAAAAAAAUCACGAAUAUCAGCAGCAUAUGACAAAUAUUCUUGAUGAAAGUGAAAAUGAAAAAUUAGAAGUAUUUGUUGGAUUUUAUCGACCAGGAGAUUAUAAACGAGAAUUAGAGGGAGACGAUGAUGAAGAUCCAUUUACAGUGGAUACAACGAAGACGGAGCGAUAUUUGAUGAGAAAUUAG